UUUCAUUAUAUCGAUAUCGCAUAUAUUCAAAUCAAUUAUUAUGUUACAAAGUAUUGAAAAAACAUUCGAUUCAGCAUUUUUCAAUGCAAAUCAUAGCCUUGGAUUUAUUCAACAAUUUAUAUCACAAAUCAAUGAUGGAAUUCUUGCUGAAAAUCUUGGUGAACAAUUGGAACAUUUAAUACAGAAUGUUGUCGAACAAUUAUCAGUAUUGGCAUUUUGUUUUGCACAAAUUAUGUGUAAAACAAUUUUAUUCUCAGAAAAUUGUUUUAUUAUCAAAGAACGUCUAUCACGAUUACAAAUGGAAAAUUUCCAUCUAAAAUCCGAUAAAUCAUUUAUGGAUUUUUUUCGUAAAAUUAUUCCAAAUUUACCUAUAGAAAAUCGACGAUCCGAUAGUCGAUCACAAAAUCCAUCCAAUCGAUCAAAACGAACGAAACGAAAAUCUAAAUCAAAACCAAUCACCGAUCACGGUCGAAAAUCAGUAUCAUCAAAAAAAAUCAAUUCUAAUGUAAUCGUAGGAGAUAAUUUUGAAAAUAAUCUAAUCUAUAAUUUGUCCCAAAAUGAUCGACUAAACAUUCGAUUCAAUCAUCGUCAUUAUUAUGAAACCGAUGCAUUUCGUAUGGUUUAUAGAAAUUUCAAAGAAACUGAAUUAAUAUCUAAUUUACGAUCAGAGAAUCUUGAUCGACAACGUGAAAUUAUUAUGCUUGAAACGGAAUUGGCAACACAUCGUCUUAUGGUACGAUAUCUAAAUAAUCAAUUAUCCGGUCGUAUACAACAGAUACAAUUACUAACGCGUGAUCGAAAAGAUUCAAAUUUUGAUCAAGUAUGGUCAGAUCUAGAAUCGGAAAUAUCGUUGAAUAAAUUUAAAACCAUUUCAAAUGCUCUCAAUACUAGUAGCGUUGAACAUGGAAUUCUUAUGAAUCUGUUUCGAAUGCAAAAUAAUACAUCAACGUCAACAGAUGACCAUGAUGCUGAUGAUGAUGAUCAAACUGUUGUUGAACCAAAUGAAACCGAAAAGCAAUCCAUUGAUCAGAUUGAUGAAAUCGUAAAUGAUGACAAUGACGAUGAUAAUGAUCGAAUUAUGGAAAAUGAAAAAUCAAUGAUUGAAUGUAAAAAUUUUCAAAAAUCCUGGUAUAAUAUUGGCCAAUUUCGAUUCAUUAUAAUCGAUUUGAAUGAUGAGGCAUUAGGUAUCAGUAUAACUGGUGGCAAAGAAUAUGGUUUACCCAUUUUUAUAUCGAAAAUUCAUCCCAAUACACCGGCACAACGAUCAUUAUCAUUCAUUACUGGUGAUAUAAUUUUAAGUGUCAAUUUUAUCGAUUUUACUGAUCUUACACAUGAUGAAGCUGUUGAUUUACUUAAAAAUUUGUCUGGCCAUUGUAGAUUUGGUGUUGUUUAUCUGAAAAUUGACGGAAAAAAAGGAUCAAUCAUGAAAAAAUUUUCCAAUGAUCAACAAUAUGACAAUCAACAGAAACAAUCAUUUGUUGAUUAUUAUCGUUCCAUAUUCAAUGCAACUGUUAUGUCACCAUUUCAAUUAAGUUCAUCAUCAUCAUCAUCCGAUGACAAUGAUGAUUAUCCACAAAUAUCAUCCAUAUGCGAUCGACAAACCGAUGAUGAUGAUUGUGAUUCUGAUUAUAAACCAUUGCAAGAUAUUGAAAUUCCACAAAAACAACAACAAUCGGUUGAAAUUGGAAAUCAAACUGGAAAAAAUGCUAUACCAGGAAUGGCAAAAUUAGUUCAAAUUAUUAAUGAUUAAAAUUCAUAUCAAAUCAAAUUUUAUUUCAUUUUCAUUGACAAAAACUUUGAUGAAUCAUUUUUUUUUCUUUGGCACACAUGCACACACACAUACACACACACACAUAGACAUGGACACCAUAUUAUCAUCGACCGACAAAAAAAAAGUAAUAAAAACAUAUAGAAAUUCAAUUUUCAAA